UUCAAAAAUGAGUAUCCGAAUUAUAGCCGACGUUCUUCAAAAGCUUCGACAAAGGUACAUAUUUACGGCAUGGCGACAAGUUGUAAAGUAUCUUUAGAAGAUCGAAAAAACCAAGCUUACGAUUUAUGCAAAGAAUAUCUUGGAGGCAGCUGGAAGGAGGUUUCUUUUGAGGAAUUUCAUAUUAAAAUUCUUUCUGGUGGCUUGUCCAAUGAACUCUUCAUAUGCUCACUACCAGAUAACUAUCCCAUCAAUACAACAGAGCACAGGAAGGUGUUACUUAGAAUCUAUGGACAGCUGUAUGGAGAAUUAGUAAAGGACAUUCACGCCCUUGUGUCUGAUGUCAUGGUUUUUGCCUUACUUGCCGAACGAAAAGUUGGACCAAAACUAUAUGCAAUUUUUCCAGAAGGGCGCCUUGAGGAGUUAAUACCGGUGAGUAUUCCUGGAAUUGCUGUGUUGAUGUUUUUCACUUUGUACAGACUUUUAAAAGAUAUUGACGAAAUGAUUGAAAGUGACAAAGACUCAGUUGUACAAGAGAUUUGCAAAAACUUUGAUCUUAACAAGGAGUUUGACAAUUUGAGAAACUACAUUACCUCCAAGUCUUCCCAGGCUGCAAUUGUAUUCUGCCAUAAUGAUCUUCAAGAAGGAAACAUUCUAGCUGUUCCCCAAAGUACUAACAAUGACUGCAAGGAAGACUACAACUUCCAAUUUAUUGAUUUUGAAUACAGUGCAUACAAUUACAGAGCAUAUGAUAUCGCUAACCACUUCUGUGAAUGGAUCUUCRACUACACAGUCAAAGAACCACCUCACUUUGGGGUAAAAGUGAAUGACUUUCCAACAAAAGAUGAACAGUUAACAUUUAUAAGAGCAUACCUUGGGAAAGAUACAAACCACCAUUUUGAUAACAUUACUUCAGAAGAACAGGAAAUACUAGAUGAAGUUAAAAUAUUUACUAUGGUUUCGCAUUUCUUAUGGGCUGUAUGGGCAAUUGUACAAUCCAAACUUUCCGCUAUAGAUUUUGGAUUUUCGAAAUAUGCCAAGGUACGAUUUGAAAUCUACGUUCAACAGAAGAAAAUCCAUGGGCUAAGUUAGCUAACUCGAUAUUUUGGAAUAAAUUGAUUUAGGGGCGCAUAAUAAAUAAUAAGAAAAAGCAUUAGCUUUGGCUCUCAUUAAAGGGGUCUUACCUAUUUACCAGCAACGGUUACUAUGGAAAGGAUUCAAAUAUUUAAGAGGUUUUUCUUAUGUUUUACGCUCAUACAUAAAACCAAUUUGUUAAAUGAAUGACGUCAUCACUCCUUCAUUUUUUGUUAUAACAAGCGUGCAUUUGGCUGGUUUGACCCAAAAAUAACCUAAAUUAUAGCUGAGAUGAAUUGGAACAAAGUUAAGCAUUAUUUUUGAAAAGGCCAGUCAUAAAGCACGCGGGACACUCUCCCAACACUUCUCUCGUGUUCUGCCACUCCCCGCGUGCUUUGUAACUGCACACAUUACGCGUGCACAUUUUCUGUUUCUUCAAGUUUUAAUAUUUUCUCAACCGCUUAACGCAAAGUAAAACCCAUGCUUAAUUAACUUCGUUCCAUUUUAUCUAAGCUAUAAUUUUUCAUUUUAUAAAAUUAUAAAAUUUCAUUUUAGUAUCAUUUUGCUAUUCAAAGCCACUUAAUUUAUUGAAGUUUGCCUUUUUAAAUAUAUAUAAGAAAGUCCGAUAAUAUUAUUAUCUACACAAAAAUCCACUUCUAAAUUCCAAUUCGAUCUGAGCAAUCACUCCCUGGUCUUCGACGAAAAAGUAAAUUCAUAUUUUUCAAAUUUCAAAUAUUAUCAAUAGAAAACAAAAGAUUUUGUAAUUUAUUCAGUUUAAUUAAGAACAGUCUUUCAAAACUUUAAAUUGUUACUAUUAUCGAUGUGACAAAUUUGAAAGGAAACUCCCUUUUCUGAUAAUAAAAAUAUCUUAUAAUAUAUCACGCUAGCACAAUAGGGGUCAGAAAUUGUAUACAGGUGACUCUCCCGUAAGCGACCACCUCGGGGCCAGGAGAAAGUGGUCGCUUACGGGAGAUGGUCGCUUACUAGAGAGUUAACAUAGGAAGCCCAAACAAUGGGAAUCCCAACACAGGAAGCCUAAACCAUUUAUAAUUUUGUAACUCACGUGUAAAAACUACUGUAUUAACGAUUAAACUGUUUUAAUCAAAA